AUGGAUGAUGAAUAUCAAUUCUAUCAUCAAUCUGGUUCAUUUGCUCGUUUUCUUGCUUCAUGGUUAUCAUCUAAUAGUUUAUUAUCAAAACGAAUUUCUCAAUUAGCAAAAGGUAUAGUUCAAGCAGGAUUUUGGCGAUUGAAAGAAGUUGAUAUAGUGAACGCAUGGCUUACUGAUCUUCGCUCAAUUGGUUAUAUAUUUCCAUUGAUUGUUACAUCGCCUUCAUCAUCUCGAACGUCUAUAAAAGAAAAACGAAUAGCUGUAUGUGUAACAGGUAUUGUUGAAUGUAUUCAAGAGGGUUGGGUUCCAACGUAUAAUAUGAUUCUUAAUUCUCUACAAGGUGAUAUUGAUACAUUUGUUUUUCUUUCAUCAUCUCACAAACUAGAAACGAUUCGAUUCAGUGUUCAUUCGAAAAAUAUACGUUCCUAUUUAAAUUCUACAGCUACCAUAAUUUAUGACGAUCGAAUUAUUGAUCCACAAAUACCAUCGAAUUGUACUAUAUUCUACUAG